AUGUCAGUUGUACAAGAUAAUUUCCACAUUUUUGUCGCUCUGCCGACUGAUGAUGUUUUUACCGUCAAAGGACUAUCGCGCGAAAUGUUCGUGUGUGAGCUUAAAUCAAGGAUAGAACUUAAAGCGGGUGUUCCAGGGGACAUUUUUAGCUUAUUCUUCAUGAAUGUUGAACUGUUAGACAACGAGACUCUGAAAACGUAUAACCUCAAGCAUGGCUGCAUUGUCAGAAUAAAAAUAGAACAGAACUGGAUCGGUCUGUUUGAAGCCUGCUGGCGCGGGGAUAUCUACGAUGUUUUUGAAAAUGGAGUUCAGUUCUUGGACGAGAAGAAAUUUGACGGAUAUAACAUUUCUCUUUGGAAUAAGUUGGUGAUCCGGCGCGCAACGCUCGCGUUAUUUAUUGCUUGCCAUCGUGGUUACCUCGGACUGAUACUUGAACUUAUUAACCGAGGAGCCACUGAUAUCAACGUUAAAACCAUAUUUGGACGGAGCGCACUGCAUGUGGCGGCCUAUCAAGGUUUUGUGGGCUGUGUAUCGUUGUUGCUUAGUGAAGGCGCUGUUUGUAAUCAAAUUGACAUUCAAGGUAAAACACCUCUUGCACUAGCCAGCGAAAACGGUCAUGUUUACUGUGAGAGAAGACUUUGGCUUUAUCAGUGGAGUGUACAAACAUUUAGACAACCGUCGUCAAGGUGGAGUAAGGAAUCAAGCGAAUCAAGCGAAAGUGGAGAAAGGUAAACCACGACUUCAUUUAUAUGAUACUCGUGGGAUAUGGUAAGCAAACGACCUCCUGAAUCAUAGUUUCUUCAAACCAUUUUACUUUGCCUAAAAUUGACUAUAUAAACUACAGAAUACUUAAGAUUUAGCCACAGCAACUACCCAAAUUAUUAUACUACAGCAUUCGGCACCCUGUAAUAAUUCGUCAAAGAAAAUUUGCUGGGAAGCCGAGAACACAGUCUCAGUGUCAGGUAAUUGAUUUUGUUUGGAGCAAUUGCUCUGUGAUUCCCUUGGGUAGUGUUAACUAAUCACGGUAUUCAAAAAACAAAACACAGUUCAAUCUGUGUGCACACCCUUUUUGCAAGUUUAUGAAAUCAGGGAAAAAAUGUCAUUUGACCUGCUGGAUUUGUUUCAGGCUUACGCAGGAUUAUGAGGCCCCAACUCUAAGCUUUAUAUUCAAAGGUCAAAGUGACAGCAAGUGGUCAAAUUAAUUUGGUGGAUUAUCUUGUCAGUCUCGUCUUCUAAAAUAAUUUUGUCCCAUGUAACGAAAGCCGGGUUCCGGAAUCCAAGACAUUUGUGCUUGUGGAAUCCAGAAUCUGGGAAAAUUUGCUUGCGGAAUCCGGGAUCUUGGGCUUCUGAAUCCAAAAUACAGCUCAAGGAAUCCCGAAUCCUUGUAAAGAUUUGAAUCCAGAAUCCAAGUGUCACUGACUGAAGAGUGGAAUCUAGUACCUUGGAAUCUGGAAUCCACGGUGUGGAAUCCAGAAUUCAUGACUGUCUUGGAUUCCUUUAAAUGGGGCGCCGAAUAAUUGAUUAGCAAAAUUGCCAAUGCUGAGCAACGAUUUUCAUUCAUCAUCUACGACUUUAUUCUUAGCAAGGAUGCUCAUCGCGCCAACAGUUGCCCGUUUCUGUGGAGUUGUGUAACUAAUCAGCUUUUUGUUUCACCAGAAAUGGGCGAUAUUCCCAGAACUUCAAGAAGUUACCAUUUACACGAAGAAGACAGGAAGAGUCUGAUAACAACAAUAAUGGCAUCAUACACAACAAUAGUGAACAAGAAACAACGGUAAGGUUUUUUGAAAUUCAAGAAAUGUUCAAACCAUACCGGAUAGCUUUUGCGCAGCCACGAAAAUCUUAUGGGAUAGGCUUCUGUUCACACACAAGAAUGGUGAUUUCAGCGCGAUUUCUGUUACUGAGUGCCGCGCUGGUUUCAAAAGUGGAGCGUCACAGAUCCAAUAAGUUUUGGUGUAGUGUGAAAACCUUUUCGGACUGCCGCUGAAGUAAAUGGGUAGGGAACUGGAAUCCCCUAAGACAGAAGUAAAUAUUCAGGAGUCGGGACUGGGAUUUAGCUCACCAAAUUAACCCUCUUGGCCAACCGCUCCGGCACGAUGUUUAAUGUGUGUGAACCACUUGAGAUAGCCCCUGGCCGUUGCUCUUUAUACUAUUAAUACCGGAUAACUUUUCGAGGCGGCACGUAUAGUGUCAGCAAUGCCUCGUUCUUAGGCUUGUCAAGAACGUUUGGAAAAACGGAAAACGCGCCUAAGAGUGAUAGUAUCGCGUAAUGAACGAUGGGAACUUUUAGCGUUGACGCAGAGGACGCUGAUACCUUGUGCGGAAUUGAACUGAAAUCGCUCUAGUCGUUCUCGAAUCGUUCUCGCAUCCGCUAGAACGCACCAGGGUACGAGGCAGGUGUCAAUAUAGCCUUAGUGAAAUAUGACAUUAACAAAAACAGAGAAAUUAUUUGCGUGCAAUAAACACUUAUAUAGUGGUGACUAGAUUCUUGAUCAUGUGUAUGUUUGUUACUUAUACUUAUGUAAGUGUUUUACGUGUAGCUUAUUCAAGCACGUGCACGUGGAGCUCGCGUCUUCAACCUCCGAUAGUGCAUCGACUUCCUCUUGUUAUUGUGGUACCUAAUACUUACAUUCAGUAAGGAGAAAUUGAGUUACUUAAGGUGGCCCGAACAUAUUUAUAUGCGCGUUGGUUAUGCUUUUUUAUCGUGUUUUUCGGCAGGAAUGAUUUAACCGAUUUCUAUGAUCUUUAGCAUCCUUAAUAAAGAAUGGUCGAAAUUUAAGAAAAUGUUAUUUAAUUUCUUGUAGGUAUAAAAACGUUUGAAAUAUCGGCAUAUGUUUAAACCGCAUUUUUACAAAAAUGUCAAUAAUUUCAAAACCCUAACACAGUUUUGUCUAACUUCGGCAAAUAAGCCUCAGAGCUCUCUAGUUUUAUGUCUUCAAGUUUGAAGUCAAUUGUGACCGUAGAACUCGCUGCACAAAUAGCUGGUCAAAUUUAACCUUAAAAUGUAACGCUAACACAUUUGUGAAAGUUGACACACAAAUAGAGGACAACUGCCGACGGACUAUCUCCUGUCUGCAAGGGAAUUCUUGCCCAAAGCUUCAGUUGCAAGAAACUGAGUAAUCAGAAACAUACAGCGAAUACAGUUCGCAAUACAAGAAGAGCAAGUUUAUGCUGAAUGCGGGGCAAGAUUAAAUAACUUCUAUUUAUCAAAGUUACUGUGUAUUUUCCCUUCUCUGUUCUGCAAAAAAGUCUCAACAAAGCACGAUAUAACAUCUACGGAAAUCUCCUACCGGUUUUUAGCACUGAAGGUUCCCGUCUUGAGGAGAAAUAAAUCCACCAACUCCCGUACUUCAACCGAUCCAUUUUCAACGAAAACCCUUGUAUUAGGUAAUUUAUUCAAGUUUGAAAGAUUUGCCAUCACAUUUGCACGGGCAUUUUGCCUUUGGGGAUAAUGAAAAGAAUAUAUAUAUAUAAGACGAUUGUCAUAUUUUCUUCAUCUUUAUCCCCAAGUGGCAAACUUCCCGUGCAAAUGUGAUGUCAAGUCUAAAAACCGUGAAUAAAUUACCAAGUAAAAGCACUUUCAAUGCAGCUGAAAAAUGGACAGAAGUACUGGAGUUGAUGGCUUUAUUUCUCCUCAAAACGGAAACCUACGACGACUCUUGAGAGUUUUUCGUAGAUAAUAGAAUUUGCCUUGUUGAGAUAGAUUUCGAAAAGGGAGCUAAGGGACAAAUAGGAAGUAAGUUUGAUAAACAGAAAUUCUUUUACCUUGCCCCGUAUUCAGCAUAAAGUUGUUCUUCCUGUAUUGCGAACUGUAUUCGCCGUAUGUUUCUGAUUACUCAGUUUCUUGCAACUGAAGCUUUGGGCAAGAAUACCCUUGCAGAUAGGAGAUAGUCCGCCGGCAGUCUUCCUGUAUUCGUGCGUCAACUUUCACAGAUGUGUUAGCAUUGCAUUUUAAGGUUAAAUUUGACCAGCUAUAUUUGUGCAGGGAGUUCUACGGUCACGAUAGACUUCAAACUUACAGAUAUAAAAUUAGAGAGUUCUGAGGCUUAUUUGCCGAAGUUAGAGAAAAAUCUGUCUUAGGGUUUUGAAAUUAUUUACUUGACAUUUUUUGUAAAAAUGCGGUUUUAAACAUAUGCCAAUAUCUCAAAAAUUUUUUUACCUACAAGAAAAUAAAUAACAUUUUUUUUAAAGCUCGACCAUUCUUUAUUAAGGAUGCCAAAACUCAUAGAAAUUGGUUAAACCAUUCCUGCCAAAAAACGCGAUUCAAAAGCAUAACCAAAGUGCACAUAAAUAGGUUCGGGCCACCUUAAUUUUUCCAGUCUAAAGGAAGGCGCUUAUUUGAAGCUGGGUACUAUUUUAAGCAUUACUGAAGGUAACUUCUAAACUCAAUGGAAGCCUAAGGAUACUUCAAAACACGAGCUUCAAAUCAGUGAAAAGGAAGGAGAUGGGAAGUUUUUUCUCAAGGGUUUAAUCCAAGUGGAGUAAGUAGUAGUGUAGUAAGUUGACAGAAUUCAACCUUUUUAAGGUUGAAUUCAUUUCUAUCAUAAGACAUUCUCUCUUCAGUAUACAGUGGAUCACUGAUUGUUGAUACACUCUUAGGAGGCCCUAGUCUGGUAGACAGCCGUUUUCAGUGUCGUCACGCAACGCUCCUCCGGGGGGAGCGUUGCGUGACGUUACUAAAAAGAACUGUGUAGCAGACUAAGGAGGGCUAACUAAGGUAACUGAAAAAAGAAAUGAUUGUUAAUAUAUCCUCUAAAAAGGCUCGUAAGAAUAAAUUUGAUUUGCUACCUUUUUAUGACCCUUCUACUGACUUUAUUCUCCAGGCAGCUCGUCUUCAACUUCCUCGCGUUAUAAACGACGAUGGCAAACGACAUAGCCGUCGAAUAAACAGUUAUGAACCACCUCAGGUUCCCUUUCCUACCGUGCAAGUAGCUGAGAAGUGCAAGAGAGAGUUUCAGGAGUAUAAAGACACGACACUUCAUUUACCAACCCAGACUCAAAAUGGAUUAGAGAAGGAAGAAUUUGUGGAAGACCAAGACACCACGACACCCUUAGUGAAUGAGGUAGAGCUUGUGAGAGAGAUCAACAACAAUGCCAAUGAGAGCUGUGUGCAAGAUUUUAAAAGAGAAGUCGAGAGUAACACUCCAAGCUGCCAGGAAAAGAGUGACGGUAAGCUGUAGCCACAAGGCUAGGAAGUUAGGUAUCAAAAUAGUUAUUUGCAUGUCAGUCUUCAGAUAAUUGGUCCUUUGUAGACCGAUGUCAUGCUUUGUUUUUAUAAAUCGAACCCCCCACUUUCCUUCUGCAAUGCUAUUGACGGCCUUUUAUGUGUCGUGGGCUCGGUGUUUGCAUAGUAUGCCUUCAGCCGAGUUUAUAUUAUUCCUGACUUUGUGCAAGAAACUCCUCCGAACAAAAAGAAUAGCUUCAGAAACUCGGAUUCUAAAAGCCGUUCUCAGUAGAACUUCAUCUUGGUAAUUUUACUAUCGCUUAGCGUGUAAUUAAGCAGGUGUCAUGUAUAUUUAUAAUCAGGAAACGUCAGGUUCACCUUCAGGGGACUCAGGGAUACGAGUUCUCAUAAUUAGAAAAUGAGCCGACAGAAAAUGUCCAAAUUUACUGCACCUAUUAAAAAACCCUCGAAUUCUGAUGUUUAAAAGCCAACUGAUGAUUCCGUUAUUUGCUGCCGUCAAUCAUCUAAACGGACCUCUUAGCGAAGAGAAGUUUACUUCAAUGGGUUCAAAAGGUCUAUGGUUUGUGAUUUGCGAUUAGUGGAUUUCAACCCGUUUUACGUGUUUCUUUGUCUCAAGCGGUUCGCUGCCGUGUAAUCGUAAUUAUGAUUGACGGCAGCAAAAAACGCAAUUGUGAAGGCGCCUUUUGAACUUCAGAGUUCGCGUGUUUUUGAGAAGCGUCGUAAACAGAACAAAUAAAUCUGGCACGAAACUACUUCUCUGCUGCCUCCCUCAGCUCAGACGCUUUUUUUUUCGCAAACAGGCGAGCGCGAAACCCAAGUAUAUAACUGUUCACAAAGCGCUAGGGACCGCGGGAAGGAGAGGCGAAGCACGUCUCGCCCGUUUUCUCCUUCCCGCCUUCGUUUGCCCGCAUCGAGAGAGAAAGAGACGUCUGGGUAAGAGGCAGUCUUUUCUAUAAAGAAAAUUGAAGGGAAACAAGGUCACGUGCUACAAACUAACGUUCGCGUAAACGUGAUUUUAUAUCUUAUUUUUUCACGGAGGAAAUAUAUGAUUGUCAUUGUUUGUCUGUAUGGCUGGAUGGUUUAGGCUACUAAAUUAAAGAAAAGUCAGCGAUCUAUUUUUUGUUUGUUUGUUUUUUGCUGUAAAGACCAAACAAACAAAGAAAUUCUCACAGGCAAUCGACACGCUGAACAUCAAGGACAAGAUAAUCGAGUCACAGAGGAGUCUAAGCACCCAGAGCAAGAUAGGUAGCUAUGAUUUUCGGACCUUUUAUUCACGUUUAUAUUAAUUUUGUUGAUAAAAGUGAUCGGAUUAAUCACUUAAGAAUAUUGAGGUUUAUCUUGAUCAUAUGUUAUAGUUUUAUUACCACGGAAAAAUAAUUUUUAAACGCCAAGCGAAAGACUGUUUAAGGACGGACUACUAAGGAAUUCAUCAUUCCAAAUCAAUCAGCACUGAAUAUCGAUCCAAACAACACCCUCAUAGUUUCUUCUGCUAAUGUACGUGGCUUUAAAAGUCCUCUCUGAGAGGUGAAUACUCGGUUGAGAGAGUGGAAUUGUCGAAAGGCAGGGUUUAAAAUUGCCUCGGCAGAAAGCAAUCAGACUGUGACAAAUGAUAGCUAAUAGUUAACAUCUUGACUGUACCUCCAUUUACGUAACCUACAAAUUCUACAAAGACUGAGCAACUUAGCCCCUGCGCUUUUCGCUAAAGGCUGGUUCGCAUCGCUAGUUUUACCAGCUGUAUUUCAAACUAAAGUAGUGUUUUUUUCCUUUUGUAGACUUGUUUAUGCGAUCGUUGCAUCCGGCUUUCGCAACGUGUGUAACCUGUGGCGCAUCGUAAUUUCUAUGUUUGAUCUUAUUUUAGCAGGCCUGUUUCAGGUAGAUCUAAUGGAAUCCGUAAAUUGGACAUCCUGAUGACCGAGUCAAGAGUUGAAAAGAUGAAAACUAUAUCGUCGUUAUACGAGCAAGACAAGUUACAUGCAUGGGAUAAAAAUGAAUCGGAGAGCGAACUAGAACCGCAGCAGGAAAGUACGUUAAUCAAUCUUCGGAAAGAAUACUCUUGUAAGAAACCUUCUCAAUCCUAUGAAGACUGGCUUCAAAUGAAGCGAUCUCAAGAGAAAAACAGACCAUCAACUGCGCCAACACAGAAAAGCAGGCUUGGAAAGAGUAUUGAUCCAGAGUCGUUCAAGAAAUGGCUGAAUAGUAAGCGACACCAACGGACACAGUCGAAUUCUGAAUCUUGUUAUUCUAAUAAAAAGACUUUUAUUAGUUGUGGAGGAUUGACGUUUGAACGCUGGCUUGAAACAAAGUUAUCAAACCGUCCCUUUAGUGCUGUAAAUUACGUCACCGAGUCACCUGAUUCAACAUCAGGAGUGACUAACAAAGUUAGAAAACAAAAUGUUUCUGGAAAACCAUUCGAGGUUUGGCUAGCAGAAAAGAAAACAUUGGAGCAGUCUGUUCAUGGCGGAGAAAAUUACAACGAACAAGACAAAAACACUUCGAGAAGUGGCAAAACGUUUGAAGUGUGGUUAAAAGAAAAGCACAGUCAAAAGCAGAUUGAGCUGGUGCAAAAGAUAACUACAGAGAAAGAGGAACAAAGACUGGCGGAAAUAGAUAGGUUACAGAAGUGGCUGAAUCCACGUUACAAGACUUACGAGGAUUGGCUGGCACUUAAGAACCAUCAAGCUAGGUUUGAACGCUUGUGUACCCAGAGCGAGCCACAAAAACAACAAGAAGACAUUUCCGAGGAGGAAAAACAGAAGGACGCCAAAGUUGUUUAUGACAUCUGGCAGACAAUGAAGGCAAUUCAAGAGCUAAGCGACGAAGACAGGAAAUAUAAGGAAAUGAAAGCAAAGUGGGCUGCGAAGCAACGCGCAGAAGAACAACUGAGAAGGCUUAAUGUUAUAAAUAAGGCCAAGCAGUUUCAUUUGCGAUCUACAUCAGCGCCGAAGAGUUGACUUUUGUUUCGAACUUGGUGGGCAGGGGCUAGGGGAGACUCCAUCUUGUUUUUUCGAUCCCACCCUGCCAGCAGUUCGGCAACCUCGUUCCCAGGGCGGUGGGGCGGGAAAGGCCGGGCAUCGGCUGGCCAUUACAUCAUUUUGAUUGGUUGAUUGAUUUAGGUAAUUCAUGUAAGAAAAUGGCCAAAAGAAAAUAAUUUAUGCAUUAUACCGAAGUCGAAAUGUCGGAAAGUAUGUCCACUCCAACGAAAAGAUUUCCUCAAGAAAUCCAGUUUGCAGGCUCUGAUGUGCUCUCAGGAAGUUCUCAGAAGAGUCGCUAUAUACUUCGCGAUAUGCUUCGAAUAUUCAGCAAGGCCGGCUUUUCUAAAGAUCAGUAUUCAAAAGUUUAUAAAACCUGUGGUAUAUAUAAAAAUUUCUGAGGACGACACGAGUUUAUCAGUGUUAUGUAGGAGUGGCGUUACAUUCGUAGACAAAAUGGAUCAGUUUAUUCGUAGAGCUCAAUUUGUAAACAAUACUCCGUCUGAUCUAAACUCAGAAUAUUCUGUAAAGCGAUGCGUUCAACUUUCACCGUCUUCGCGUCAGCCGUCGAAGCGUCUAUCAAAGGAUAUGCCACCCGAAAGCUUCGAUGUGGAUGAGCCAUAAAUAAAUAAAAGAGGGCGGAAGGCCUACACGACUUUUACCUUACGCCAAAAUGCUGCUUGUGCCAAUAUUUUGUUUUUCAUCUGCUGGGUAGAUUAUGCUCUGGAAGGUUCUACAUUUUCACUGAGCAAAUGUGAUUUUCUUUCUUGCGCCCACUAUUUCCAAGCGCCUGCUACGCAGUCUAGCCCCACCUCCAAAGCCAAGGAAAAGCGCCCUGGGGACGAGGUUGCUUUCUCGACCUACUCGAGAAAGACUCCGCUCAGAGUAAAUCGCGUCAAGCGCAGAUCGAACUACUGUGCUGAACCACUUUUCUCGUCAAAGAGUAUUUUCGAGUGUGAGCAUCCGUAUUAAGCGCACGGCUGCUAGGCCUGGGUUCGAAACUUUAGCCUUCCAACACACGGCGCAUGCUCAUUAGAGAUCUUAUUCGAUUCGUGCAUCGAUCAAGAAGAAAACAAAACGAAGCUUCUGCUUGCAGGGUGUUUCGACCCCUUAUUUGCUUAAUGCAACGUAUCCGUAAUGCUGGUAUAAGUUUUAGUAUAUUUAAAAUGUACUCUAAUUCUUUAAUCCGAAAGUUUUUGCAUUG